UGUACAGCAUCUCCCGUCAGCCCUCCCCUCUUCUCGUCCCCACUAGCUCCCGCUCUCUCUGGGUACCUCUGAAAAGAUAGAGCUGCCAAGAAAGUGGAAAGGAGUGAAGCAGAAGAGAAAGCACCCCGCUGCAGGAAGCUUCGCCAAAAUGAAGAUGGUCUCGGCACUGCUUCUGCUGAGCACCCUCCUGGGUGCCCCUGCGGCGCCCUCCCGGCGUCCCGCUUGUUACAAGAGGGUCCUCAAAGACCACAGCUGCCACGACAUCCCCGAAGGCAUGGAGAACCUUCGACAGAUCGAUGAUGGUCUGCGAGAUCACUUUUGGGAAGGGAAGGGCUGCGAGGUGAUCUGUUACUGCAACUUGGACGCAUUGCUCUGCUGCCCAAAGGAUAUUUUCUUUGGACCAAAGAUAUCUUUUGUGAUACCCUGCAACAGUCAGUGAUGGACAUCAAGUCUGCCGGUGAAGACGAACAGACAUCAUUCUACAAUCACAUAAUAAUGCUUUCAAGGGGAAAACCAAAACCACUACCAACAAACAAACUUCCUUUCUAACCACAAGACAGUGCCACUGUAGAAAAAUUUCCUUUCUACACCUUUUCAGAAUCUCCAAUAUGUAAGAAGUUCUCCUUUCAAAUUUGGUAGCUGACUUAAUUUCUGUAAUUGUGUAAAAGACUGUACAAGCUCUUAAUGCUUCCCCUAGCAAAAAGCCUAACUUCUGUUAUUUAGCAUAACGUUCUCAAUUAGUUUGGAUGAAGAAACUUCAAGCCUAAGCCUUCAUGUCAUUAGGAACGUGAUUCUCGUAGCAAACUACAGCAGUGCAGCUUCCUAUUGUUUUAUGGGCACCACACAAUUAAUGCUGUUUUAAGCUACUCAUCCCCUGGCACUUCUGCAGACAGGCUCCCACAUUCUAUUUAGGCAUCUUAAAAUACAUGCACCAUUCAUAUUUGAAAAUUCCACUGGAAAAAAAAGUCAAACUUCACAUUAAUAGUACUAAAGCACACUUAUGUCUUAAUUAUGUCUACCUGGUCACCUGCAUUAACUAUGCAAUCUGUAAAACCUUAAAUUGCUUGAUCUUAACAUUGAACAUUUAAAAUACUAGAACAGUUACAAUAGUGUGUAUAUAUAUUCAGAAAGAUGUCUAAAGCAGGACUGAUGCAAGGUCUGUUAAAGCAACAUAAAAAUCCACACUUAAGCAGCUUUUUAAAUCAAGCAUUGUUUGAAAUACAGUACCCCAGAAGCAAGUUAAAAUGCUGGCUUUUUAUUUUUUAGGCUAGCUCUGUAAGGAAAUAACUAGGGAAGUGAAGACAAAGAGGUAUCUCAAAAUAUUAGAGGUAAUCAUCUUAAUGUUUAAGAGGUAUCAGGAUCUAGCCUGUAGCUAUACAGUCACCUCUCAACACCUACCAACACUGAUUGUUGUACAAGAGAAAAACGGCCAAAAAUUUAUGUCCCUUUAAGUUUAAGAAAACCCACCUGAACAAGCUAGGCUUACAGGCAGUAAGCCUGGCUUAUUGCCUUACAUAUAAAAACUCUUCAGCUAUCAAGUCAGUCACAUGGAAUGUAUGUAGUACAGAAGUAAUUAGUCUUCCACUCAAAAAGUGUACUGUUCAUUUAAUAAUUUUACACUGUUACACCACAAAACCUGCUACCACCAGUUUACCAGACUUAUUUCACAGGUAGUAUGAAAUAUCACUAUGACUGUUUUUCUUCCUGUUAGUAAAUGAGGGUUGGCUAGUAGUGUGAUUAUACAUAGCUAAUAAUAAAAGUUUCAA